UCUGUUUCUUCCCCUCAGUCAAGGAAACUUCCUCAAAGUGCCUUUGAACAAGGUCUGAGGCAGAGGUCUAAGUCUGUAGUCCACGCCUGGAUUAGAGGGCCCUCAAAGUUCAUUAUCAGCUGAAGUGGAAGUGGUGACGUCUCACAGACAUGACACCCAGUGGCCUGUGCAAAAAGAACCUGGAUCUUCACCACUGACUGCAGUAAACCUACAGGAGACACUCACUCACAGCCUGCCUCUAUCAUGACACCCAGUGACCCUGGAGCGUGGGCCCAGGUCAGUAACAGUGGAUGGCACCUUUGGGAUUCUCACAGCGAGCUGAACCAGCGGUCACAUGUAACAGAAGAAACAAAGAGGAAAAAAAUAAUCCAAGUGAGGCAACCAUGGCAGCUGAUCUAGACAUAAUUAACCUGUUUAUCAUUGCUGGGGGAACAUUGGCUGUUCCCAUUCUGGCCUUUGUCGCUUCCUUCCUUCUCUGGCCCUCAGCUCUCAUUAAAGUUUAUUACUGGUACUGGAGGCGGACUCUGGGCCUGCAGGUACGCUACGCAGACUGUGGUGGAUAUCGCUUCUGUUACUCGUACAGAGGGAAGCCUGGGAUGAGACCUUCUAUUUUAAUGCUGCAUGGCUUCUCUGCACAUAAAGACACAUGGCUCACUGUUGUCAAGUAUCUACCAAAACAUCUGCACAUUGUGUGUGUGGACAUGCCUGGCCACGAGGGAACGACACGCACCAACACAGAGGAUUAUUCCAUUCAGGGGCAGGUCAGAAGGAUCCAUCAGUUUGUGGAAACCAUUCGCUUGAAUAGAAAACCUUUCCAUCUGGUGGGAACCUCCAUGGGGGGAAACGUAGCUGGAGUUUACGCGGCCUGCUAUCCCUCAGAAAUCUGUAGCAUGACCCUCAUUUGCCCAGACGGUAUAAGACAUCCAUGUGAGACCAAAUUUGACAAUCAUCUGCAGGACCUGGAACACAGCAAUUACACAUUAAACAUCCCACUGAUCCCCACUACACCCGAAGAAAUGGAGGACAUGUUCAGACUUUGCUCCCACGUUCGCUUUAAAAUCCCUCAGCAGAUUCUCCAAGGAUUGGUAGAUGUUCGGGAGCCUCACAAUACAUUUUACCAAGAAGUUUUCAUGGAGAUUGUCAGUGAGAAGUCAAGAUAUGCCUUACAAGAUCACCUACACCUGAUCACUGCACCUUUACAAGUGAUAUGGGGCAAACAAGACCAGGUGGUGGAUGUCUCUGGAGCUGCAGUCAUUGCAGAAGUGUUGCCUGGAUGCAGAGUGGACCUGCUGGAGAACUGUGGCCACUCUGUGGCGAUGGAGAGGCCUUGUCGGACUGCAAAACUCAUCCUGGAGUUCAUCAUUUUGCAGCAAGAUGCCAGGGGUGGCACAAAGAAAUCUUCCUGAGCAAAGGACUUUUAAUCAGCUCCCUCUGUUGUCAUGCUUCAUGUGUCCCUUAUAUGUGGCAUGCAUUUGUAGACAGGUGUCCAAACCUCACAUUAAGGCAGUAGACAAGGUUUAUACAGUCCACUUCCAGCAUUUCUUACAUGUUAAAAUAAAUCGCUUUGAAUUUGUUAUGCAAACCGGACCAUGAUAAUAAAAGUCCCAUGCAUCUAUCUGUA